AACAUUUUAACGCUGGUGAUGCUGUUUAGUUUUAAGUUUCUCUUAUUGUUAUUGUGGAAGUAAGAUAGAAAUGUGUUAUAAACAGGUAUGAAAUGCACUAUAAUUAAAAAUGCCACCAACUGUUCAAACUAAUGAGGCCGAACGCGAGAAGCGUCCUCAAAGGACAGGAGAAAGGAGGUCGGAACUUGUAACGCGUGUCAAAUAUUGCAAUACCCUUCCCGACAUACCAUUUGAUCUGAAGUUUAUAACAUAUCCAUUUCCAUCGACGAGGUUCAUUCAGUACAAUCCGACGUCUCUAGAGAAGAAUUACAGAUAUGAAGUAUUAACGGAACAUGAUCUCGGUGUUCAUAUUGACUUGAUAAAUAGAGAUAUCUACCAAGGCGACGGCAAUGCACAGUUAGAUCCAGCAGAUGAGAAACUUCUUGAAGAUGACGUGCUUACGCCCCAAGAUUCAAAGCGCUCUCGUCAUCAUGCUAAGAGUGUGUCAUGGUUGCGUCGAUCUGAGUAUAUAUCUACAGAACAAACUAGGUUUCAACCGCAAUCUAUGGAAAAGGUUGAAGCCAAGGUGGGUUACAAUGUCAAGAAAAUAUUUAGUGAAGAGACAUUGUAUAUGGACAGAGAUAGUCAAAUUAAAGCUAUCGAAAAGACCUUUGAAGAUAAUAAGAAGCCCAUUGAGAAGCAUUACAGUAAACCUGGCGUGACACCAGUGGAGGUUAUGUCUGUGUUCCCUGACUUUGAUAUGUGGAAGUACCCUUGUGCCCAGGUCAUAUUUGAUUCAGAUCCUGCACCAGCGGAUAAGAAUAUUGCAGGACAGAUUGAAGCUAUGUCUCAAGCCAUGAUUAGGGGUGUGAUGGAUGAAAGUGGCGAACAGUUUGUUGCUUAUUGUCUACCCACAGAAGAUACCAUUCAGAAGCGAAGACGUGAUAUUGCUGAGAAUAUUCCUUACUUGGAUGGUGACACAUAUGAAUAUAAAAUGGCUAGGGAAUACAACUGGAAUGUCAAAAGUAAAGCCUCAAAAGGCUAUGAGGAGAACUACUUUUUGGUUGUACGCAACCAUUGUAUUUAUUACAAUGAACUGGAGACACGAGUGCGGCUCUCAAAACGACGAGCCCGCGCUGGUGCAGCAGCUCAGGCGUUGACUAGACUUGUUGUUACCCAUAGGCCUCUGAGUGCUCCAGAACACCGUAUGCUACGUUUGAGAGAGAAACAGCUGGAACCCCCGCAGGAAGAGGAUGAGGAAGAGGAAGAAGACGAUGAUGAUGAAGAAGAAGAGAAACAAGACCGAAAUGAAAAAGAAAGAUCACGAUCCCGUUCGAAGUCAGUAUCAAAAUCACCUCAAGAGUCGGAGAAAUCGAAGGGCUCAAACAGGUCAAGGUCGGUAUCCAGAGGCCGAUCGAAGAGCAAGUCGAGGAGUCGCUCUCGAUCAGGUUCGGGGUCUAGGAAGUCGAGAUCUAGAUCUGGAUCUGUGCAGUCAGCUUCUGGGAGAUCCGCUUCGGGCCGGUCUCGAUCCGGUUCACGGGCCUCGUCCCGCGCCAGCUCGAAGAGCAAGGGUUCGCGCGCCAGCUCCACCAGCAGACGAGGCUCUAGAGCCAGUUCUAAGGCUAGCAAUAAGGGUUCGAAAGCCUCAUCGAAGGCGAGUUCCCGAGCUUCGUCUCGAGCGAGCAGAAGAUCUUCCCGUGCGUCUUCCAGGGCAUCAUCGAAGGGUUCAGGUUCUAAGGCAUCUUCUAGGGCCAGUUCCAGAAAGAAUUCCCCAUCCGGGAGCGGCUCCGAACGAUCUAGAAGUCGUUCUGCCAGCGGGUCGAGACAAGGUUCCCGUAGCGGAUCUGCAUCCAGCGCGUCUUCACGACACAGUGGCUCUGAUUAAAUUAUCUGAUAAAUAUAAUAUGUUUACUGACUUCAAUAAAACAAUUAUUAUAAACAAAAAUAUAUAUUUUUUAUCAACAUAAUUUCUUCAUUAGAUGAGGUGUACUCUUUUUAUGACUGUUUAUAUUUCUCAAGGUGUACAUUCAUCUUCUUGUAAAUUGACGAUCCAAAACUUAAAAAAUGUAUAAUGUAAUGCAUUGUGAACGAAAAUGAGUUAACUUUGGUAUAUCGUUGUAAAUGUAAGCAUCAUUUGAUAGCCGGAUAUAAAAGGAAUUUAUUAUAUCACGCUACUUUAGUUUUGAAAACUACCGGCACACAUUUGAGUGAGCCACUUUUACUACAGGCAUAAAAUCUUAGUUCCCAAGGUUGGUGGCGCAUUGGCAAGAGAUUUUUUUUUUAAUUUAUAACUUACGCAAAUGUCUAAAGGCCGUGGCGACCACUUACCAUCAGGUAAACAUACCCGUCCGGGUAAAAACAUUAAAAUAAAAUCAAAGUUAACUGAUGUUGUUUUUUUUUGUUUGUUUUGGGCUUGCUAAGAUCAAACUUGCAAUCUUCGUUUUAAUGUCUUCUUGAAAUAUCAAGGUGUUAACUUGUGCAUCUUAUAUAUCUAACGUGAAGAGGUAUAUAAUAAAUAAACAACAACUGAGGC